CUUUGUUUGUACCUCUGCAUGUGAUCCACGUCUCUUUACCUCUUCACACCACUUCACCACAUCGGCCAGCUGUACCAGAGGAACGUCCAGCUGAACAGCACCCUCGAGCAGUGCUACGUCUCCCCAACUCCAUCAACGACACCGUUCACCAUCAUCACACCUCACUCCCAUCAUGGCCGACGACAACACCGCCACGACGGCGGACGAUAGCGAGCAGCAAAUCACCUUCAACGUGAAAUCCUCCGCCGACGCCAAAUACGUCGUCACAGUCUCCGCCGCCAUCACUGUCGGCGACCUCAAGCAGAAACUCUCCACCUCCGAAUACGCCGACCUUCCACCCGAGCGGCAACGAUUGAUCUACAGCGGAAGAGUGUUGAAGGAUGCGGAUACUGUUGGCAGCUGCAAGAUCAAGGAUGGAAACACCGUACACCUCGUCAAAGGAGCGGAGAGCAAUCAACGUCAGAACCCUGCGAACCAAGGUGGAGCCGCAGCGAUACCCUCAGCACCUGGUCAGCCUGCUUCCAACGUGCCGACCAACAUCGCCGCUGGGUCUGGAACUGGUAAUCCACUCGCACAACUGACUGGCGCACGAUACGCCGGCUUCCACGGCUUGCCCGGCGCGGAUACAUUCGGCGCAGAUGGCGGCAUGGGAGCACCACCUAAUCCAGAUCAAAUGUUGCGAAUGCUGGACGAUCCGAACUUCGCCCAGCAAAUGAACGAGGCGAUGAACAACCCUGCAGUGUUGGAUAUGCUACGGAAUAAUCCGAUGAUCAGGAACAACCCCAUGGCUCGCGCGGCGAUUGAGAAUCCAGAGAUGCGACGGAUGAUGAUGGAUCCAAAUGUGCUGCAUUCUUCUCCAGACCAUCAACCAGACCGUCGAGAAGCACUCUGGAAAACAAAUCUACCUCCUCGCCGUCGACAUCGAUGUCACAGACAUCUUCCUCCGCGCCACCCUCGCCGAACUUGCCUCUUCCGCAGGCGUCGGGGUCGGCGACAUCGCUCUACCGUCUCCCACAUCUCCAACACCUGCACCCCUCCCCACCAUCGGCUCCAGCGCGAGUGUAGACUGGCUCGCGGUGGCAGAUAG